UCAUGAUGUGGCCGGUAUCCUGGGCCCAGCAGGGGGGCUGAGACUCACAAAUGCUUCCAGAAAAUGCAAAGAGUCCUUUUUGCUUCAGUCAAGCGAAUUAAGGGGGAGUGGGGCUGGAUGCCCGUCCACCGGCACACACACACAGACUUGGUGCCCACAGGAGACUCGCUCAUCGCUGCAACACCCAGACGAGGGGGGGCGCUCAGGGGCCCAGGACACCGCGCUGCACGUCGCUCAGACGCAGACCCACUUGCCAGCUCUGCCCUGGGCCCCUUGGAUGGCAUCUCUCUUGGAUGGCUCAGAGGUGGGGGCCAAGCGUCUCCAGGCUGAGCAGGGGGCUCUCCAGCUCACGCGGGAACGUAGCUCCUUCUCUUCCCAUAUGGACUGACGCCAGCCCCCUCACGCCCCAGCUCUGCAGAACUCCUGCUGUAGAAAGUCCACUUGAUUCUUCUGCUGAAUCUUGACUGCUUAGUAAUCCCAUUACUUGGAUGAAAGCCUGAGUCAUGGGGGUUCCUUGGCAUUGGCCUGGCUGCUCGUCAGGGGCUGGGACACUGAGGCCAAGGUGUGGGCACGAGGUCACCCACCUGUUUGCCUUGGCGUGUAGACCUGAGGGGGCUAGUUCCAAAGGCAGAACGCAUUAUUUGGGAUUAUGUUCAAUGGCAUCUAACAAAAACCUGACUAUAGUAGGUUAAGCAAAGGAGGACAAAUAGGCAGUGAAAGGCUCCAACAACGGCUAGAGCAUGUCAGUGAGACCGCAGACUCACUUCCUGCUCCAUCAUACUUAGUGUAUGUCUUUUUGACCUCAUGGGUACAAAGUGGCUGCUGUAUCUCCAAGCAUUGCAUCUAUAUUCAGAACAGGAAGAAGAGACAGAACCCGUCAGGGAAAAAAAACAAGAAAACAAAAAAAAAACUUUCCCGGAAACCCACAGGGAGGUGUCCCCUUUUGCUUCACUGGCCCCCACACACUGGGGAGAAACUGAGUCAGGAUGGGGCAGAGCAUGGAACCAAGCUAUCCGCUGAAAGUGGCCAGGCGGGAAGGGGCCGUGAGACAUAAAGUGGGGAGACCAGCAUGGGAGGAACUGUAGAGAGUAAGUGAAAUUCACAUUUUCGGGUUUAUUUAUUAAAAAACCAUAGAUUUUGGCUACCUCCGAGCAGUUUUAGGAUUGCGGAAAAUUGAGCAGACGGUACAGUUCCCAUAUUCCACCCCCUCGAGUUUCUCCUGUUGUUGACCUCUUACGUCAGUGUCAUCAGAGUGGCGCAUUUGUGACAACUGAGGGGCCAACACGAACAGGCUGUUACCGAGGACCAGGUUCCGUCCUGCGCUGCAGACUCGUGGGUGUGGACAGAGGCAGCCCCGCGGCUUCGCCACCACAGCGUCACUCCAAGAGCCUCACCGCCCUGCGCACCUCCCGAGCAAGUCUUAACUACGUGAUCAUUUAACGCUUACGACACCCCACGAGGAAGGCCGUGCUACUAACCCGUCUCACAAGAGAGGACCCUGGGGCAGCGAGCUGUGAGCCACGCUACCCUGGGGACACACGGCUACCCGGGAGCAGAGCCCAAAUCGGACUUCAGGCCGCCUGGCGGGAGGGCCACUGCCCCGUGGCACCCGGAAGACGGAAGGGGCCUCGCCAAGCCCAUCGGCCUGGUGGAGGGGCCUGGGGGCCUGGGCCAGGGCGGCAUGGCGGCCACCCUGCGUGAGGACAGCCAGGAGACAGAAAGCAAAUACGAGGAAUACGGGUACAACGCGCAGCUCAGCGACCGCAUCUCCCUGGACAGGACCAUCCCGGACUACAGGCCCAAAAAGUGCAGACAGGUGACCCACACCGCCGACCUGCCCCAGAUCUCCGUGGUCUUCAUCUUCGUCAACGAGGCCCUCUCCGUCAUCCUGCGCUCCGUGCACAGCGUGGUCAACCGCACGCCCUCGCGGCUCCUCAAGGAGGUCAUCCUGGUGGACGACAACAGUGACAGCGCGGAGCUCAAGACCAGUCUGGACCAGUACGUCAACAGGAGAUACCCGGGCCUGGUGAAGAUCGUUCGCAACAGCCGGCGGGAAGGCUUGAUCCGGGCCCGACUGCAGGGCUGGAAGGCGGCCACGGCCCCCGUGGUCGGCUUCUUCGACGCCCACGUGGAGUUCGGCACGGGCUGGGCCGAGCCCGCACUCACGCGGAUCCAGGAGGACCGCCGGCGCAUCGUCCUGCCCGCCAUCGACAACAUCAAGUACGACACGUUCGAGGUACAGCAGUAUGCCAGCGCGGCCCACGGCUACAACUGGGGCCUCUGGUGCAUGUACAUCAUCCCCCCCCAGGACUGGCUGGACCGCGGUGACGAGGCGGCGCCCAUCAGGACCCCUGCCAUGAUUGGCUGCUCGUUCGUGGUGGACCGGGAGUACUUUGGGGACAUCGGCCUGCUGGACCCGGGCAUGGAGGUGUAUGGUGGAGAGAACAUCGAGCUGGGCAUGAGGGUGUGGCAGUGUGGCGGCAGCAUGGAGGUGCUCCCCUGCUCCCGCGUGGCCCACAUCGAGCGCAGCAAGAAGCCCUACAACAACGACAUCGACUACUACGCCAAGCGCAACGCCCUGCGGGCAGCGGAGGUGUGGAUGGACAGCUUCAAGUCCCACGUGUACAUGGCCUGGAACAUCCCCAUGACCAACCCAGGGGUGGACUUCGGGGACGUUUCUGAGCGGCUGGCGCUUCGCCAGAGGCUGAAAUGCCGCAGCUUCAAGUGGUACCUAGAGAACGUGUACCCGGAGAUGCGGACCUACAACGACACCCUCACGUACGGAGAGGUGAGAAACAGCAAAGCCAGUGGCUACUGCCUGGACCAGGGAGCGGAAGACGACGACCACGCGAUCCUCUACCCCUGCCACGGGAUGUCCUCUCAGCUGGUGCGCUACAGCGCUGAGGGGUUGCUGCAGCUGGGCCCCCUGGGCUCCACCGCCUUCCUGCCCGACUCCAAGUGCCUGGUGGACGACGGCAGGAGCCGCGUGCCCGCCCUGAAAACGUGUGAGGACGUGGCCCGGCCAGCGCAGCGGCUGUGGGACUUCACCCAGAGCGGCCCUAUAGUGAGUCGAGACACAGGCAGGUGCCUGGAGGUGGAAAUGUCCAAGGACGCCAACUUCGGGCUGCGGCUGGUGGUACAGAGAUGCUCGGGGCAGAAGUGGACCAUCAGGAGCUGGCUGAAGCGCGGGCGACACUGACCGCCAGCCCCGCCCUGUGCCCUCCCGGGUGCAGACCCCGAGGACCCGGGGAGGGCGUCGAGCCGCCUGCUGGGCCGCGUCCCUGGGACCGCAGGGGCCCCCUGUGCCCUCCAAAGGCAGGUGCCAGGGACCGGCCGGCCCACCAGGAGCACAGACCCCGAAGCCAAGCCCACCUCGGAAUCACGUGCCUUUUCUACGGUAUUCCUGUCCAGGCCGCCGGGCCGGCCACCUCUUCUGCAUGAAGCCCCUGUACGUUCCCCCCCUCGCGGAAAUAACCCCCGUGAGCUCCGUGGGUGGCCCAAGCUCCCGUCCCAGCCGGGCAGGACCGUGGCCUCCUCCCGUCUUCUGACCAUCUAAGGAAAAGCCCAGAAGAGCAAAGCAGAGCCCUCUCCGAGUUUGGGGACCGGGGGGGGGAUGGGGGGGACGCGGCUGCGCCCGUCCCGGCGACGCCCCAGGCAGUGCUGACGAGGAGGCCGGUUGCUGCCCUGAUCCAGCGCGCCGAGCGGGUCAAACAGGACAGAGCUGGUCUUGUCCUCCGGAGCCCUAGCGGCUGGGUCGUCCGGGGUCGGGGCCCCUAUUCCAGCAUCUCGCCCAGGGCCAGGCGCCUCCCCCCGCCUUGUUGCUCCAAGGCGGGGGUCAGCGAACCGCAACCCACAGCCCUGUGCCUGUUUUUAUAAAUAAAGUUUUAUUGGCACACAGCCGCACCCACCUGC